AUGCCCGGGCCGCCGGCCGCGCGCGACCAGGACAUGUCCGUCGGGGCCCGCGAGUGGCGCGCGGCGGCUCAGGCUGCGGUGAGGAAGGCGGAGCAGCUGACAGAGCGCUGCGGGCAGGAGGCGGUGACCAUGUGGCAGCCCGUGGACGGCGCGCGGGACGCCGACGUAGCGCCCCACCUGCGGCGCGCCGCCUACAUGCAGCCGUGGCGCUUCCGCGUGGAGCGGGCGCCAGGCGGCGCGCCCGUGGAGAGGCCACCGCCGGGUGAGGGCGUGACGCUGUGGCGCAGCAGGAUGAAGCCACCCAUGUGGCACGCGCGCCUGCCGCUGCCCCUGCACCGCGACGCGCGGGCGCUGCAGACGGCGCAGCUAGUGCACGCGCACGCGCGAGGGACGCGCCUCGUGGUGGCGCGCUUGGGCCGCGCCCUGCAGCAGUUGAACCGGCAGCUGCAGCGGCUGCUGCGCCAGCGCGAGGCCACCAGCCGCAGGCUCGGAGAGGUGCGCCAGGGUCUGCUGGUGAAUCAGCAGAGCAGCAAGCUGCGAAGCCACCGGCCCGAGUCGGAGAAGAUUCCUGACAAGGCUGACAGUGCCCUCACCUGGGAGAGGCAAGAGCUUCGGAUCCUGAAGAGCAAGAUGGAGAAGGAUAUGGCCAAGUCUGAGACUCUGCUCAAGUGUGCCACGCUGAUGCAGGAGGCCAAGCGGCUGCUGGUGGAGUCCACGGACAUCCUGCAGGAGCUGGCGGCCAGUGAGGCCGCCGUCCGUGCACAGCAGCAGCAUAUGUGUGACCACGUCUGUGCCACGCUGGCACAGAAAAUGCGUGAGACAAUGGAGCUGAAGGAGAGACUCACCAUGGCCUUUGGGCUGAUGCGGGGGACGAUCCAUCGGUGCACCAAGUUCAAUCACGAGAUGGCCAUCACCCACGGCCUCAUCAAGGGGCCCUUGAUGAAGGAUCAUCUGGAGGUUCGAGAGAAGCUGGACAGACCCCUGGUCCGCGUGUACCAGAGACAUGUGGGCACCCAGCUCCCCGAGGCCCUGCGGCUGGCCCAGGGCACUGAUAAACUGCAGCGCCACAUCGCGCACAUGGAACAGAACCUGGAGGAGCUGCAGAAGAUGCGCCAGAGCCUCGCACAGAGCCUCAGCAGCAAGAAGACGGGGCAGGACGUGGACCACAAGGUAGUGCGACUGCGCCGGCGCCAGCGCCGACCACACGUGUGCACUGUGCAGGCGCAGCACCCGGCCAGCGAGCCGGACUUGGAGGCACGCGCGUAG